CCUAGUCAUUCAUCAUCAGCUUCCUCCUUCGAGCAGAAACAUAAAAUUUUCACUGUGGAAAGGGAUGCGUUGCAGAGAUGAAGAAACAGUGGAUGGUUAGGGCUCUCUCCGGAACCCUAACUCUAGUUCACAGCAAUACCACCCCCAUCCCUCGUUCACUUUGCUUUUCCACAACCACUUCGUCGACAUUCGCUCUCAAGAAUGUCACGAAGUCCAACUUCGAAUCGGCUCUCAGCGAUCUCAGACUCCAUGUCCGUGACGCAGACUUCGUCUCGAUCGACCUCGAGAUGACCGGAGUCACCAGUGCUCCGUGGAGAGAGUCGCUCGAGUUCGAUCGACCCGAUAUUCGUUAUCUCAAGACCAAAGACUCCGCCGAGAAGUUCGCCGUCGUUCAGUUGGGUGUCUGUCCUUUCCGGUGGGACGCUUCCAAGCAAUCGUUCAUAGCUCAUCCGCACAAUUUUUAUGUAUUUCCACGUCAAGAAAUUCCAAUUGAUGGCCCAUCUUAUGAGUUCCUCUGCCAGACAACCUCAAUUGAAUUCUUGUCAAAAUUCCAAUUUGAUUUCAACGCCUGCAUACACGAAGGAGUAUCUUAUUUAUCCAGAGCACAAGAGGAUGAGGCACUAAGACGCCUAAACUUGGCAUAUGGGGAUGAGAUAUCACAGUCAUGGUCUAACUUGAAAGAAGUUAGAGACAUGCCAGUGGUUAGAAUGGCAGAUGUACUCUUCACUGAGAGAAUGAAGAAAAGGAUAAGUGAAUGGCGUGAUGGGUUGUUAAGGACUAGAAAUGGUGGAGGGUCUAAAUUUCAUGGUAGCUCCAACGACUCAAAUCAGCAAUCUCAAACCAUUUUCUUCAAUAUGCGUCCAGCCCUUCCGCUAAAAGGUUUCAGCUCUCACCAGCUCAGGUUGAUUCAAUUGGUUACAGAAAAACAUUUUAAAGAUCUUACUUAUGUCCGUGUGAAUGGUGAAACUUCCUGUGAACGACAAUUGAUUGUAUAUACAGACUCCAAAAAUGACAAGGACUUGCUUAUGAGAGAGGUGAAGGAUGGGCUUCGCAAAGAAGCAGAGAUGAAGGUAAAAGCUGCAGUUGGAUUUCGUCAUGUUAUCGACCUCCUUUCCUCAGAACAGAAGUUGAUUGUUGGUCACAAUUGCUUUCUGGAUAUUGCGCACAUAUACAGCAAAUUCUUAGGCCCUCUUCCUUUGACUACUGAAGAAUUUGUCUCCUCCGUUCACAAGUACUUCCCUUACAUCAUUGAUACAAAAAUACUUUUGAAUGCAAAUAACGCACUUCAACAUAUGAUGAAGAAGAAGAGCACAUCACUAUCUAAAGCUUUUGCUAUGUUGUGUCCGCAAAUUGCUUCUGGUGUUGGCAGCUCUGGUUUGGCUUUUAAACCAUGUGUUAAAGUGGAGGUUCAAGUGGAUGAUCUGAGGUCCUCAAACUGGAAUUCUGGAGCAAAGCAUGAGGCUGGAUAUGAUGCUUUUAUGACAGGGUGUGUUUUUGCUCAGGCAUGCAGUCAUCUUGGCAUCAAUUUCAAACUCCAUUCACCUUCUGCAAAUUUAGUCCAUGACGAGAAGCUCCAGAAGUACAUCAAUCUUCUUUAUCUCAGCUGGAAUAGGGGAGACAUAAUUGACCUGAGCAAAGGUACGGUUGCAGAGUCUUCGGGUUCAAGUGAUCUUAUAAAUCGAUACCCAAAAAAAAUUUUGUUCUCAAAUAUUGCUCUAGUAUGGGGUUUCCCGUCCAUGCUCAAAGCAGGGGAGAUCAGGGAAUGUAUCUCUAAAGUCUUUGGCUUAAACUCUGUUACUUCCGUCUACCACUUGGAUGAAACUGCAGUGUUUGUUCAAUUCAGUAAGGCAGAAUUUGUCUCUGAUUUUCUCAUGUUGAAGGAAACCCUAGAGAGAAGCAAUGAUCCAAUCUCGGUUUUGCAUCCACUCUCGAAACUUUUGGAAGGAGGAAACACUCAUGCUACCAGUUAUGAGAUCUAUAAAGAGAUGUGCAGUUCACCCAUUUCAAAAGUCCUGUUUGCAGAUCAGGCAGAGGCCAUUGGUAUUAAAUGGAAGACCAAAUUGGUAGAUCGCGAGAUAGGUGUGGAAGCCAGUAGAGAUGAAAGUUCCAACAAAGAAAAUGAAGUGCACACUGUUCCUUCAUCUCUUGGCAAAAGUGAGUCAGAAGAUAAACAUGUGGUAAGUGAUUCAUCACACGGCCAUUUAUCGAGUGAAGAAUUCAUAGAAUCUCUGUACCCUGCUGAAGCCGAGGUUGGAAAAUGAAUUAGAAGCUUUUAAUUUUGCAAAUUUCUGGGCUAAAGCUGUAGGUCUUACUGAAUAUUUCUCCGAUCAAUGAUAAACAUGUGGUAAGUGAUUCAUCAAGCAACCAUUUACUGAGUUAAGAAUUCAGAUUCUCUGUAUCAAGCUGAGGUUGGAAAUUGAAUUAAAAGCUUCGAAUUUUGCAAAUUUAUGGGAUAAAGAGGUAGAUCUAGCUGAAUCUGAUCUCUGAUCAAAUUAUUGGAUUUCUUGUAAGAGCAAAACUAGUCUAGAACAGUAUGUUUUUUAGUUGAAUUUUUUGUAGUGAAGAUUAGGACUGUAACAAUACAAUCAACAAGAAAUAUAUGAAAAUUACAUCUGUUCAAUGUUCAUUGCGCAAA